UGAAAAACAAAAAGAAACAAGAGCUUAAAGAGAAUGAUGAACACUGAAAGGGGAAAAAAGAGAAUAUAUAUAGGAAAGGAGAUUUAUAUAAAUAAACUAAGGAAACUUAUUCUCUUCUUUGUAUCUCAUUCAGCUCCUCCCUUCUCUCUUCCUAUCUCUCUCCCUCUUCCUCUCUCCCUGUGGAUCAAUUCUUUCUUAUGUGAUGUGAUUUUCCACCAUAUAUGCAACCUAAAAAAGCAUUUCAAGCUUAUUUCAAAGAUGGAUUUCUCUUCUCUUCCAGUUAAUCAGUUCGAUUCACACAACUGGCAGCAGCAAGGUAACACACAACAGCAAGACCGUGUCACAUCUUACCAGAACCCUAAUUUCAAUUUACCACAGUUCUCAUCACCCCCGGCUUCUCAGGCUGGCUCAAGCCAAGCCAGGGUGAAUUCAAUGGUGGAACGCGCUCGGAUCGCUAAAAUCCCAUUGCCUGAAGCAGCUCUAAAGUGCCCUAGGUGUGACUCCACCAAUACAAAGUUUUGUUACUUCAACAACUACAACCUUACUCAGCCUCGCCAUUUCUGCAAGACAUGUCGCCGUUAUUGGACACGUGGUGGUGCACUGAGGAAUGUGCCUGUUGGAGGAGGUUUCCGGAGGAACAAGAGAAGCAAGUCCAAUGGUGGUGGGAGAUCGAAAUCCACGGUCGUGGUGUCCGCUGAUAACAAUAAUACUAGUUCAUCGCUUUCUUCUAACCCAAGUUACUCAAACCCUAGCAAGUUUCUUAGCUACGGUCAAGCCCCAGGGUUUACUUCCAACUUGCCUAUAUUGCCUCCUUUCCAAAGCCAUGGAGGUUACAACUCUAGCAACAUUGGAUUGGAUUUCAGCGGUAUUCAGAUGAGUGGGAUGAGUUCUAGUGGUGGGAUGUUGGAUCCAUGGAGAAUGUCUUCAUUACAACAAUCUCAGCAAUUCCCUUUCUUGAGCAACACUUCAGGGUUGGAUCAAUCUUCAAAUGCGUUGUAUCCAUUACUAGACGGCAAUGAAGGUGUUAACCAAGCUGAUCCUCAACAAGAGAGUAGUGAUUAUUCUAAUCAGCUAAGGUCUAAACCCUUGAUGGAUAUGGAACAACCUAGAAAUAUGAAGGCGGAAGAGAAUGAUCAGGAUCUUGAUAAGGAUGGGAACGGAGUGAAUAAUUUAUCCAGAAACUUUUUGGGGAAUAUUAACAUAAACCCCUCAGGGAAUGAUGAAUACACAUCAUGGGGAGGUAAUAGUAGCAUUAAUAGUUCUUGGACCGGUUUCACCUCCAACAACUCAACAGGUCAUCUGUCAUUCUAAGUACUCAGCUCUAGUCUUGAUGAUUCUUUUGUUGCUUGGGUUGUACAUGGAUCCCUUGUAAUGGGAGUUAUAUAUUACUGGGGAGAUAUCAAACCAUGGAGCUAUUAUAUACAUGAUCCAAGGCUAAUUUUGGGGAUCAACGGAAAGGUAUGGUUAUAAAUUUAUCGUUUUGAUAUUUUAGACGAUCUUUAAAGUGUGAGAGUAUGUUAAUUGGUAGGCUGCUGGUGAUAUUAUGUUUUUAUCAUUAUUGGUUUUAUUGGCUAUAUAUAAAUGUGUGGGUUAUGUAUGAAUUAAGGAAUUGGUAUUAAUGGAUUUUUGUUUGUGUGUGUUCA